GUGAGAGCGCUCACAGGCAGAGAAGCUUCCAGAGGGCGGGCUCGGCGCCACAGCCAGAAGCUGAGGACGGCCCUGCGCGCCCGCCCGGGGCCAGGAGACCCGCAGGGAGACUUCACCACAGAGGAACCCGGGCGCGGGGUCCGCGGGUCUAGGCGCCCACACGCCUCCAGGGGCGGCUCAGCCACCGACCGCUCCCGCGCGAGGGGGGGCCUGACCCGCCGGCCUCCCGGCGCGCUCCCCACGGCCUAGGACUCCACUCCCACCGCGGCCCGCGUCUCUCAGUUCGCUCCAGACGGCGGCAGCGCGCGGCCAGGAUGGCGGCGACGGUGACCGUGGAGCCCGCGGGCCGCUGCCUCUGGGACGAGCCCGUGCGCAUCGCCGUGCGCGGCCUGGCUCCGGGGCAGCCGGUCACGCUGCGCGCGUCCCUGCGCGACGAGAAGGGCGCGCUCUUCCGGGCCCACGCGCGCUACCGCGCCGACGCCACGGGCCUGCUGGACCUGGAGCGCGCGCCCGCGCUGGGCGGCAGCUUCGCGGGGCUCGAGCCCAUGGGGCUCCUCUGGGCCCUGGAGCCCGACAAGCCGUUAUGGCGCUUUCUGAAGCGGGACGUGCAGACGCCGUUCGCCGUGCAGCUGGAGGUGCUCGACGGCCACGAGCCCGAGGCCGGGCGGCUGCUGGGCCGGGCGGUGCACGAGCGCGCCUUCCUGGGCCCCGGGGUGCGGCGGGAGCCGGUGCGCGCGGGCCGGGUGCGUGGCACGCUUUUCCUGCCGCCAGGACCUGGCUCUUUCCCAGGGGUCAUUGACAUCUUUGGUGUUGGAGGGGGCCUGCUGGAGUAUCGAGCCAGCCUUCUGGCCAGUCAUGGCUUUGCCACGUUGGCUCUGGCUUAUUAUGACUUUGACGAUCUCCCCACGAGACUGGACAGCAUACACCUGGACUACUUUGAAGAAGCCGUGAGCUACAUGCUGCAGCACACCCAGGUUAAAGGCCCAGGCAUUGGGCUUCUGGGCAUUUCUUUAGGGGCAGAUAUUUGUCUCUCCAUGGCCUCAUUUUUGAAGAACAUCUCAGCCACAGUUUCCAUCAAUGGAUCAGGCGUCAGUGGGAGCCCAGACAUACACUACAAGCAGACUUGCCUCCCACGAUUGGGCUAUGAUCUGAGGAGAAUCAAGGUAGCUUUCUCAGGCCUCCUGGAUAUUGUGGAUAUGCGGAAUGAUGUUGUAGGGGGGUGUGAAGACCCCAGCAUGAUUCCAGUAGACAAGGCCCAGGGGCCCAUCCUCUUCAUCGUUGGUCUGGAUGACCAUAACUGGAGGAGUGAGUUCUAUGCCCAGCUAGCCUCUGAUCGCUUACAGGCCCAUGGAAAGGAAAAACCCCAGAUCAUCUCUUACCCUGGCGCUGGGCAUAACAUCGAGCCUCCUUACUUCCCCCUGUGCCCAGCUUCCCUGCACAAACUUGUGGACAAACCUGUGCUCUGGGGUGGGGAGCCCAGGGCUCAUUCUAAGGCCCAGGUAGAUGCUUGGAAGCAGAUUCUAACCUUCUUCUGCAAACAUCUUGGAGGGACCCAGAAGAGAGCUUCCCCCAAAUUGUAAUGCACUGGUCUGUUGUAGGCAUGAGAGAUUCAAGGUCACAUUCUACUGUGUAAUGAUUCGAAUGUGAAUCAGUUUUUGCCUGUAUAACAUUAAACUCGUGUCAAUAUUAAUGAUGGAUUUAGGUAACAUUUUGAAUGUUGUGUUUUCAUUAGUUUUACUAAUGUGACACAUGCCUAUUGUAGAAGAUUCAGUUAGAGCCAUAAACACAAAAAGUAAAAAGCAUCCCUGCUGUUAAAAUCUGUGUUUCUUCCAGAUUCUUUUACUUAACACUUUCAGCCAUAGGUGAAAUUUAAGGCUGAACAAAUACUGGGUUACUUUUCCAUCACUGGGAGAGAAUGGCCAUCCAGUGUUGCUACUGGUUCAGCUCCUGGCAGCAGGGUAGACUUGGGGUUGGCCAAAAGUAUGCAGAGAGGUAUUGCUAUAAGGGAAGCCAGACUUCCCUUUCCUCAUGGAGAUCAGAGAAGAAUCCUUUGGAAGUGGAAGUUGGGGUAAAGAAGGAGGCAUCUGUCUCUGGAAUAGUUAAGCCUAAACUCUGUUCCGAGGGUGAGUGACUGUCACCUAUUUUCCUUCUUGCUCCUGGAUCUAAAGAUGGACUUUGGAAAAUCAUAGCGUGACAUUCUUUGAGGCAUCAUUCCUCACUUGCCUUGACAUCAGGGCGACAAAGCACUGUGUAAGUAUAUUUGAAGAGAUAAUAGCUAAUUUUCCAAACCUGUCAAAGACAUCGAGAAACAUAUUCAAGAAGCACAAUGUCUUUGUCAGCUCAGGCUCCUAUAACAAAAUAUAGACUGGGUGGUUUAAACAAUAGACAUUCAUUUCUCACAGUUCUGGAAGCUGGGAAGGCCAAGACCAGGUUCCAAGGGAUUCAGUUCUCCUCACAUGGGGGAGAAAGAAAGAGCUGUGGUAUGUUUCCCUUUUUUGUAAGGACACUAAUUGAUGGAGGCCUCACUCUCAUCACCUCCUUUCAACCUAAUUACCUCCCAAAGGCGCCACCUUGAAAUACCGUCUCACUGAGGGCCAGCACUUCACCGUAGGAACUGGGUGGGAGGGACACAACCAGUCAGUCCAUAAAAACUAUAAGCCUCAAGCAAGAGAAAUAUAAAGAAAACAACACUUAACACAUCACAGAAAUAUCAUUUGUGGCAGUUUUAUAAAAUAGCCAUAAAUUCUUUGAUGUUUCUCCCAACAACAAGUGGGAGAUCCUUGUCCCUUCCCCUCACAUCUGAAUGGGCUUCUGAGUGCUUCAGUCAGUAGAGUAGAGCAGAACUGAUGCUAUGUGGCUUCAGAGGACAGGUCAUCAAAGGCCAUGAAGAUCGCACCUUGCUUCCUGGGAACACUUGCUCUUGGAGCCCUGAGCCACCAUGUAAGAAGUUUCACUGCUUUGAAGGUGUAAUGCUGGGACGAAGCCCAAAACACACGGAGAGGCCACUGGUAGGCACUUGCUGUGAGAGUCCCAAGUGAGCUCAGCCUUGAGUCAUCUCCACCCUGGUGCUGAGUAUGUGAGUGAAAAACCCUCCUGAUGAUUCUCGCCACAGCCAUUUGAAUCUUCCCAGCAAAGGCUUCAGAUAUCCUAAAGCAGAGAAGAGUUGUCCCUGUCAAUGCUUGUCCAAAGUGUGGAUUUGUGAGCCAAAUAAAUGACUGUUGUUUGAUAGGA